AUGGCGAUAAUCGAACUCGCGCACGUCAGCCUCAAGGACGGCCUCACGGCAGACGACCCGCAGCUAAAGAAAAACCUCAGAGAAGUGAAGAGAGUAAUUGAAGAGUACAGCAAACUAGAAACCAUCUUCUACAGACAACUUGAUGACCCGACAAUCAUGUUUGUGAUCGGCGCGUGGGAGACCAAGGACCACCACCAACAUGGGUUUGACGGCUCUCCGCAACAAGGCGAAAUCCUCGAGCUGAUCAAGGAUCAGAUGGGCAUAGAUUGGAUGCACUACAUCGACGUGGAGCAGUCGCGCAUACCCCUCGACGCACCAGUCCUGGCCAUAAUAAAAGAGUCGUUUGCGAAGGACAGUGUCAACCGCACGGACUUCGAUCAGCAGUUUGCAUCCCAGACGGCGCAUAUCGGCGGAGCGAGAUACGGGGCCAUCUCGGGGUGGAAUAUCCGCAAGGACAAGCAUGAACAGGACGUGAGGGUGAAUUUCUCGGGAUGGGAGAACCAGGAGGAGGCGACGCAGGCAAUGGUCAACACGAUUGAGCAUGUCAAGGGGUUUCGAGCCGUGCCGACGGAUCUGAAUUUCUUCUUCGUGACGAAGGCGGCGUUGACUUGA